UUUCUUGACAGUACAAUUUUCAAAGUCAAAAAAAAAAGCAAUAUUGAGAAGAGUGAUGCUAUUUUACACUUUGGCAGAUCUUUUUAAUCACUGGCUGGAAAGAAGUCAGCUAGAUCCUCAUAUCUGCUUUUGAAUUCAUUCUGUUGUGGUGUUUUUUAUUGUUGAAGUAUAUGAAGAAAAUCAGUCCUCAAGCAGUUAUGUAGUUAGAAAAGGGAAACAUUUUAAUAGGCUGGUAACUGAAAAUUCUACUGGAUAUUACACCAACAUUCAACAAAUGGUAGCUGCAGUGAGUAACCUGAAACCCUGUCACUGAACUUUUCAGACUCUGUGACAUUAAAAUCCACUCAUUUACCCUGCACUUUGAGUGGAUCUUCCACUCAUGCAUGAUUUUUUUAAUAUCAUGCGCUGACUGAAGCCUGGCGUGCUGCAGUCCGUGGGGUUGCAAAGAGUUGGACACGACUGAGCAACUGAACUGAGCUGAACUGAGCGUUUGGAAAAUGCUUUCCUGAUGGAGUAGUGUAGGCUUUCCUGAUGUGCACAUGUUACAUUAUACAAUAUUUAAGAACCCACCUGCCAAUGCACGAAACACAAGAGACAUGGGUUCAAUCCCUGGGUCAGGGAGAUCCCCUGGAGUGGGAAGCAGCAACCCAUUCCAAUGUUCUUGCCUGGAAAAUUCCAUGGACAGAGGAGCCUGGCAGGCUACAGUCCAUGGGGCCGCAAAGAGUCGGACACGGCUAAGCGGCUGAGCACUCCUUGUAUCACAUCUCCACUGACCUCAGAAAAGUCUUUAACAGUUAGGCAUCUGCCACGCCCACGUGGUAGAUAUAAGUUUUCUAAAAUUCUAAUUUUCAUUUGCAAGCUCUAAUUUUGUCAUGGGCAAUGACUAUUACCGGUUGUUUUCUUGGAAGUGACAGGCGGUUCAGCCGAGUCUGAAUAACCGUAAUUGGGCUCUCACGCAUUCUUUCAAGAAAAAUGAUGUUCUGUGGAGAAAAGCAGGUAGUUCGGUUCACAAUUCAGAUGAUCACACAAGUACUUUUCCCUGAAGGCAACAAUCAAGCAUCGAGCAAGAGUGCUGUGGGCAUAUUUGCUUUUCUGUUACUCAGCUCAUUACUGAAAAAGCAUUCAUAAGGUGGGAUUUAAUGAAAAGAAAUGUUACUGCUUCAGCAAGGAGCUGUUUGAGUAAACCUGGCUUAUCUCAUUUUGCCUGGCGUUUCUGCAAGUGCCCGGGGUGAGGAACGCAGCCCCCCACUCGCCUCGUUGGCUCCGACAGCUCGGUCUGUGCUGACUCCACAGGUUUUACGCUGAUAGUGAACCGUCAGUGGAGAUGCCAGCACCCGGGAAAAGACAGAUCAGGUCUCGGUAUUAAUAUGAAAAUUAUUUUGACCUCAAGGACAUCCUGCAGUAAACUUGGGGCCCCCAGAGGUCCUCAGACUCACUUUGAGAACUGUGCCCCAGAUUGGGCAUAUGUUGAUAUUGACUUUGUUUUCUUCAAACCUGUUUAUUAAGAAAAUAAAAUAUUAUAGAUCCUAAUAAAAUCCCUACCUCUCUUCUCCCCCCCCAUGUUGAAGUUAGUGUACCCUUUCUGCAGGAGGUUUCGUAAUUCCCCUGUGUGUGUGAACACAACAGUAUCUCUUUAUAGUUCUUUCUUAUUUUACAAAAGUAAUUUCAUUCCGUAUGUAUGCUUUUACCAAGAUUUUUUUCAUUCAAUAUUAUGCCGUUUUGUUUUUGAGAGAGAUCUCUGUUGAUGUAACCUAGUUCAUAUGUUUUACCUCAUGUAUUUUUCUCUCUUUAUUCCUGUACUGAUGUAGCCUUAGACUAUUUUCAGCUUUUUGCUAUUAGGAAUAUUCCCUUAAGCAAGAGUCACUUUAGGUUGUAGACCAUGACAUGGAAUUCCUAGAUUCAGAAGCAUGCACACAGUCAGUUUUCCAUUUCUAUAUUCCUAAAUUUUCUCUAGUACAGCGAUACCAAUUUACAACCUAAUGUGGUUCUUGGUUUUGCAUUAAAAAAAUUACUGAUUUGGCUAUGUAGGGUCUUAGUUGUGGCAUUUGUGAUCUAGUUCCCUAACCAGGAAUCAAACAUGGGCCCCUUGCAUUGGGCGUGUGGAGUCUUAACCCCUGGACCACCAGCGAGGUCUUCUAAGGAGGCUGUUCACUGGUCUUCUCAUUCUGGGAGCAGUUUGGCGAUGUAUGUCAGAUACCUCAGGAGAAAACAUAAGUUUUGAACCAGAAAUUUCAAUUCUAAUAAUUGGCCAUUAGGGAUCAAUGCAAGGAUUUUUUUUUUCUUUUACAAAGUUGCUUGUUGUAUUGUUAUUUGUAGAGGGGGAAAUCUGGACAACAGCGUCUAGAGGAUCAAUAUGUACUCGCUGCUAUAUGUGGAAUGGAUAACCAGCAAAGACCUGCUGUAGCGCAGAGAACUCUGCUCAGAAUGUCAUGUGGCAGCCUGGAUGGGAGGGGAGGUUGGGGGAGAAUGGACACAUGUAUAUGUAUGGCUGAAUCCCUUUGCUGUCCACCUGAAACUCUCACAGCAAUGUGAAUUGGCUAUACUGUAAAAUAAAAAGUUUUUUUUUUAACAUAGGUGAUUAGUUACAUAUAUUGUAAUACCUUUGUAUGAACUAUGAUGUUAUUUAUGUCCUAAUUUUGUUUAAUAUUAUUUUAUAUCAUUUUCUUUAUCAAAACGGGCAAUAGGAGUACAGUUAAUUUUUAUUUUCUUUUUUUGCGUGUAUUUUUAUUGGUAUUUUUGAAGAAACAGAAAGCAAGGAAGGAAGAGCAGACCAUAGGUUAGCAAAUAAAUCUUAAAACUUUAUCCCAAGCUAAGUGUCAGGUCAGGCCAAAAAAGUAGAACGUGUCCCAAACUUGACACUGAAGAGUUGUCAUUUGAGAGCUUGUUGCAACCCUCAGAGGUUUUGAUUCUGUGGGAGCAGGGAUCAAGGAGACCCUGAAAUACAUAGACCUCACACCUUAAGAAAUACUCAUUUAGAAACUGUAGCUAAUUUGAUCGGAUGAGCCCACAUUCAUGAAAAAUCAGGAGUCUUGUCAUUUUCAAAUUCCUGCAGGAAGAGAACAGCAGUGUCUGGGGACAGUUCUGGUGGGGCCUCCCUCUUCUCACACAGGCCUGGAGCCAAAGGCUGGAGGCUGGGCAACCACAUCCUGAAAGCCUGCCCUUGGCAUUCUUUGCUUUCUCCAGGCUGUUGGCAGCCUGCCCGACACAGACAAGGUCACGCCUGCAGGUGCUGGCCCCAGGUGCUCGGCCUCUGUUCUCUCCCAUCCCUCCUGCCUGUUCUCUGGCACCUGGGUCGCUUUCUCUGCUGAGCUAAGCUUCACAACUUUGAGCAUUAGAAGAUACAAAUUCCUGGCCCCCAACCCCCGUGCUUCAGAUGCCAUAGGUCUGUGCAGGGCCCAGGAAUAUGCACUUGUAAGAAGCUGCCAAGUGAUACUGAAGCUGCUGGCCCUGGAAUGCACUGAGGUCAGGCCAUCAGGGACUCCAGGGGCUGAACGAUCAAACCUUAGUCAUUCGAGUUCCUAUCAGAUGGCCAUUCGGAAAUGCAGGCAUGGAUGCAGUAGUAGUAACAGCAUUCCUAGUGGUGGUAACAAGUAGAAAAGUAGCAAUCAUGAAAAUAGUAACAUUAGUAAUAACAAAAAUAAAUGAGAACCAUUUGUCUUCCCGUGUCUUGACAAAAGUCUUGAACAUGGUCUUAGCAGAAUAGGGACGAGAUUUCCAAUGCAAGAAAUGUUAUGAAAUCACUCAUUUAAAAAAUAUGUCUGGUGGUCCAAUGGCUAAGAAUCUGCCUUGCAAUGCAGGAGGAGACAUGGGUUCGAUCCCUGAUUGGGGAGCUAAGAGCCCACCUGCCAGAAAACCAAAACUUAAAACAGAAACAAUAUUGUAACAAAUUCAAUAAGGACUUUAAAAAUGGUCCACACCAAAAGAGAAAUCUUUAAAAAAAAAAGUCUCUUUAAAUGGAUAUGUUAUAUUUCCAGUGAAAGCAAGGUCUUGAAAAACAUACCAGGCCUUAUGGUCCAGAAAAAGCUGUUUCUUUUCCUCCUGCAGGGUAUUAUUUAUCUUUGGCUAAUAGAUUCAGUCAAGCCAUUUUUAUAGCCUCAUAUGCUAUCAAAAAAAGUGUUUUUAUUGCUCAAUCUAACUACCCCCUUUCUCAACCUAUUGCAUUAAUCCUGCCUUUGUAAGCCAAGUAUAAACUAAAGUCUAGAUAAAAGGGAUUUUUUUUUAAAUCCAUUUGUGUUUUUCCUUUUUGUGUUAAAUUAUGAAUACGGUAAUUGGCAGUUAAUGAGAUGUAAGUGCGGUAGCCUCGGACACUUUGGGUUACGCAGGCCUCUGCACCAUUUUCCUCUGGCCCUCAUUUCCCAAACCCCAGACCUAUAAUUAUGCCAAAAUUUAUCCAAGCCAGAAAAUAUUUUGUUUUUCCUUGUUGCUACCUACAGACCAUAAAGUUAUGGAAAGCAGACAUGCAAAACUAAUUUUAACCCCUCAGUGAAAAUUCUGAGAGGCAACUCAAUAAGAUAUAAUUAAAGGUGUAUGAAUCAUAGAUGUCAGAAUCUCUGAGAUGUCUAGAAAGCAUCUGAUUCAGCUGUUUGGCUGAAUGUAUCAACCCCAUUUUGCAGAUAAGUUAGCCAAGGCUCAAACAAUUAAAAUACAGAUGAAGCUCAGACUUGAACUGAAGAUCUAUCUGAUCCUAAAACUUGUGCCAUGUCGAAAGGGGCGUGGCAGCUGUUCUUUGCCACUCUGAAGGGUUUUCUUUCACUGCAGCCUACCUUGAACUCUUUUUUUUAAAAUAGGCUUGUAAAGUUGCAUCAAAUAUUUGAUUCAUGCAGUAUCUUCCAAUGACCGUGUCCUUGCAUGAGAUAUUUUGAUAUACUAAAUUUAUACAUACACCUGAGUGAGGAAGAUACGUGCAUUCUCUUUGUGUAAAAAAGUCCAGGUCUCAUGUUUACAUUGAAAAUGUCAAUCUUCAUUUCUACUCAAGUGCUAAUCUUUCUAAAAAUGUCCCUGACAUUGAAGGACAGCCAAAAGGCAGUAACUUAUUAGAACCUUGGGUUCAGAUUACAAAUGUGUCUGGCAAGCUCUGUGUUAAAGUUCAGAUUAUCUCAGAAUUAUUUUAAAUAUUUGUGCAGGAACACUGAUUAGUUUCCUAACGCGUUGCCUCAUAACCAUCCACCAACAACCAGCUUGGUCUCCAAUCGCUAACUCCAAGGGCUCGAGUCAGUUCUCAGCAGAGCUAAUUGUUUCAGCGUUUGGAAGUCAUAUGAUGUCUUUACACUAGGACUUGGAAGCGUUGACUCAGAAAAGGAAUUUGACAUCUAUUUUCACUUUGUUCUUUGCACAGGAGAGCUGAAAAGGAAGUUCUGAUGAGAUCUGCAGUCUCCCUCCCACUGGCCGUCCUGCGUGGGUGCCAAGUUCCACACGGGGUCUCAUGGAUCGGCAGGAGAUGUCAGUGAAAAAAGGGGCGCAGAAUGAUUACUAACCCAUGACUCCCAACAGUAUGACAGAAAAUGGCCUUCCAGCCUGGGACAAGCCAAAGCCUUGUCCAGACGGCGAGCCGGAGUGGAAGCUCGUGGGAAUGUCUGAAGCCUGCCUGCAUCGGAAGAGCCACCCGGAGCGGCGCGGGCCCCUGAAACAUGAGCAGUCGCCCCUCAUCCAGGCCUCCUGGACGAGCUCCAUAUUCCAUCUGGACCACGACGACGUGAGCGAUCAGAGCGCACCUAGCGCCCAGACCUUCCAGGCGGAGGAGAAGAAAUGCAAAGGCUACAUCCCCAGUUACUUAGACAAGGACGAGUUGUGCGUCGUGUGCGGUGACAAAGCCACAGGCUACCACUACCGCUGCAUCACGUGCGAAGGCUGCAAGGGUUUCUUUAGAAGAACCAUUCAGAAAAAUCUCCACCCAUCCUAUUCCUGUAAAUAUGAAGGAAAGUGUGUCAUAGACAAAGUUACAAGAAAUCAGUGCCAGGAAUGUCGCUUUAAAAAAUGCAUCUACGUUGGCAUGGCAACAGAUUUGGUCCUAGACGACAGCAAGCGUCUGGCCAAGAGGAAGCUCAUCGAGGAGAACCGGGAGAAGAGGCGGCGGGAGGAGCUGCAGAGAUCCAUGGGGCACAAGCCAGAGCCCACUGACCAGGAAUGGGAGCUCAUCAAGACCGUCACCGAGGCCCACGUGGCCACCAACGCCCAGGGCAGCCACUGGAAGCAGAAGCGGAAGUUCCUGCCCGAAGACAUCGGACAGGCGCCGAUAGUAAACGCCCCAGAAGGUGGAAAGGUCGACUUAGAAGCCUUCAGCCAUUUUACAAAAAUCAUCACACCAGCAAUUACCAGAGUGGUGGAUUUUGCCAAAAAGUUGCCUAUGUUUUGUGAGCUGCCAUGUGAAGACCAGAUCAUCCUCCUUAAAGGCUGCUGCAUGGAGAUCAUGUCCCUCCGCGCGGCCGUGCGCUACGACCCGGAGAGUGAGACUUUGACUCUGAAUGGGGAGAUGGCGGUGACGCGCGGCCAGCUGAAAAACGGGGGCCUCGGGGUGGUGUCCGACGCCAUCUUCGACCUGGGGAUGUCGCUGUCCUCUUUUAACCUGGACGACACCGAGGUCGCUCUCCUUCAGGCCGUCCUGCUGAUGUCUUCAGAUCGCCCAGGGCUUGCCUGCGUUGAGAGAAUAGAAAAAUACCAAGAUAGUUUCCUGCUGGCCUUUGAACACUAUAUCAAUUACCGAAAACACCACGUGACUCACUUUUGGCCAAAACUCCUGAUGAAGGUGACAGACCUGCGGAUGAUCGGAGCCUGCCAUGCCAGCCGCUUCCUGCACAUGAAGGUGGAAUGCCCCACGGAACUCUUUCCCCCGUUGUUCUUGGAAGUGUUUGAGGAUUAGACCGACUGACUCAUUCUCAUAAUUCCAACAGCACUACUGGGUGUCAUUUCAUUCCAUUGCCUAGCUCUUUUUUGUUUGUUCCUUUAUUUCUUUGUGUUGGGAGGGAUUGUUUUGGGGUAAAGGGAGGUAGUCCUUGGCAUAGACGUGGAUGAAAUUGCCCCUCGAAUGCGGGUACUUGCUAACUAUUGCAUUUUGUUCUCCAGUCCUUUGAUGUGAAUAUGCUUUGGAGGUUUUACAGUUGUGGAGGUGAGGUGGGGACAAUCAUUAAUUCACCAGCACCAAGCCGUCACCAGCUCCCAUCUGUCCCUGGUCAGUGACUCGAGCAAGCAAAAUGGCACAGCAGGAAACUAAAGAAGACUUAAAACCAAGACAAUGUGGUCAUCUUGAUCCAAUCCUGGUUUUUGCAGGGCUCGAAUUAGCACAGCACAGACAGCCUCUGAUGAGAUGUGGCUUUCAGCUUCCUAGGGAAAGUUCUGAACAAAUUGUUAUCUAUUCAAGAACAUGCUGUUUUCAGCACUCUGCUCUCUCCCAGCAGCCUGACCUGGAAUGUAUAAGGAUAUUUGUUUCCCCCAAAUUAGCUGUCCUUUCACUGUAAUUCUCAUAAUCCUGUGAUUUAAUUUGAGUUAUACAAGGGUGUGACUCAAAGAUGUGCAGGUGUUUGACUGGUUGAGGCCAACAAGGAAAACAAUUUCCUUAAGUGAGCCCAAAGAAAUUCAAAAUCUUCAUAGAUAUGUGACUCAGUGGUUUCCAAAAAUUCACAUAGUGUCACUUCAUAGUAAGAAGGCUUCUUACUGCUCAGAGGAAACUCCCACAAAAAUCAAACCUACUUACAGAGUGAUGUCACUGUUCAGUGACAUCAGACCCUUCAACUCUCAAAGUCCUCAAGUCAUUCAACCUGAUUCCAUCUCUGCUGAGCCGACAACAGAUUUCCCUGUGGAUCGACCUUCCAGUCAAGGAGCGGUAACAAGCUGAAAUGUUUGAGUCUUGUUCUGGGGAGAGACUAGUGAUGUCACGUUCUAUGUUGAAGGAAAUGCAGGGCCUCAGAGCCUGCUCACGCCCUGAUGCUGAGGUUCCCCCCUUCUGUUCUUGGAUCCUCGGGCUCUUUGCUCUACUCACAAGUGUUUCCUAAUCUCCUUUCCCUCUGGCUCUGAGGCUUGACUACCACCAAACAAAGCCUGCUCCAGCCACUGACUCUCUCUGUCUUUCUGAUAGCAUCGCCCUGACAGAUACUCAGCAGAAAACAGCUGCAAACCACGCACACAAACCCUCACUCACCUUCCCUGCCCAGCCCACCUCCCCAGUGACCGACACUGGAGUACUGUGUGCCCAGAAAGCAUAUGAUGCCCCUGGUUGCUUCAAUGUCAGAAGACGGGCACAGAAUAUACCCAUGAAACUGAAUGUAUCCCACUCUUCACCAUCAUGGUAGACAUAAACUAUUCCUCUGCCUGCCUUGUACUGCCUUAUCCUGGAAGUGUUUGGGAAAAUAAGCCAUAUCAGUGAAACUUGCCUAAAAACCAUGUGGAUUCAUUCUUUUUUAACUGGCCCAGAAGUUGGGGUGCCUGAGUUCUAUUUUGUGCUCUCGAGUGGUAGAUUUGUGACCUUGAGUCAUGAACUCAAAAAUCCUUCCUGUCCUUACCACUGUACUAAUUUUAGGGGGUGAGGGAAUCAAGUUCUUUUGAUGGUUUCUUUCACAUUCUAAUUUCUAACUUUAUUAGAAAUGAUGACUCUCCUGACAGCUAAGGAAAAUACAUUUGGUGUUGAUUCAAAAUAGAAAGUUGAUAUACGACGUAUCAGUUAUUUAGAGAAAGGCAGGGUAGAUUUGGGAGAAGGAGAGGAGUGCAUUAAAAAUCCUGAGAGUGACCAGAAAUAAUCCCGGAGAAAAAUUGUGUGUUUGAUGUGCUAAAGCAAUUACACAGGCUUCCAGGGAAAGAAACCAAGAGCGGUGCACUAGAACUUACUACUCAAAGGAAAUAGGUGAAGAGGAUAAAAUUAUCAACAUGAAGUUCAUGGGCAGAUUACCUGCUUUGACUUCCCUCAGUUCAGUUCAGUCGCUCAGUCCUGUCGGACUCCUUGCGACCCCCAUGGACUGCAGCGCGCCAGGCUUCCCUGUCCUACCGACAGUUUUUUGGUUUUGUUUUCUCCAGGUAGCCUCUAGCCAGUUUCCUCUGGUCCUCACUUUGUCACCAUCUCAGCUUCCUCUGUUGACUCUCUUUGGAUAACUGCUCUUUGAAACAAAAGCGUUUAAUCACCUUCUCUGCUCCAGGGUAACUCUGAGAAGCUUUUCCAGGUGGGGCAGGUUUUCCUUUGGAAGGGAAGGCGAGCAGGCAGGUCCUGGAAGCUCACAGACUCCUCAGGCAGUAGGCUCCCCAGGAAAGUCUCCUCAAUGUGUUGAGAUUCCCCAGGGCAUCAGACAGCCCCAGAUUCAGAUCUAAAGCCGCAUGGGAACGCCUUAGGGAUUAACAUGAUUGACCAUUGGCCAAAUGGUUCAGCAGAUCUGCAGCAACCCAGCCAGCCCCAACUAAAUGUGUGUUUGAUCCUUGGCCUCUUACAUGGUAGCCUUAAGCAGGCAAACUGCGGAUCUCAAAAUCUUGCCGAAGGCUGACUACUUCCUGCUGAGUACACUAAGCCUCGAGGGCUUCCGGUUGAAGGAAAGGCUGUCAAGACUGAAAGACUCACAACCCCGGUGGUCAAGGUGACUCAUUCCUUCUGUAAUUGACUGAGGUACUUACUGCAUCUCAAGACUCCAUCCCAUAAAACUCGAUUAGAAGGGACUUACUCUGGAUUUUUUUUUUUUUUUUUUUUUUUUUACAUUUUUCUUACGUCGUCCAGACUUUCAAAUCAAAUGUGGACUGCCUGAAACCUUGCUCAGUGGGGAGACGUCCCAGAAGAGGAGAACACACCCUACAACUGGGAUAUCUAUUUAUAAAUCACUUAUAUUUGGGGGGUGAGUGGUGUCAAGUGUGUGUGUGUGCGUGUGUGUGCGUGUGUGUGUAGCCCUCAAGUGUACUUCACUCUUCAAUUAGAUGUGCCGUGUUGGUAGAAAUAGUUAAAACAGUAAAGAUCUUUUCUUCUUUAUGAUUCUGCUCCAAACACCACGUGCCGCCUCCGAGCUUUCCUCGUCCCGUGAGCCUCGGUCCUCAAGGAUACCCGCGCCGUGUCGCUGCCUCAGCCCGAGAGCCGCCUCCUCCGCCCGCAGCAUGGCCAGCGCGCCCGCCCCGCGCCUCGCGCUCGGCCCCUGCGGACGCAGCCUCCGUGAACUGCAGACGCCCUCGAAGCAUGUCCCUGUCCGUGAUACAUUUUUACUCUACGGAACUCUAACCCGUUCGUGUCAUGUUGACCUUUGGCUGCAUGAGUCAUAAAAUAUGAAACUGGUCUUAUGGUUUUUGAAACGUAGCCAGCAUUUGUAAGGCUAAACCUUUUUCACAAACUGAGUUGAGAUGAAUCACCACCAGGCCACCAUUCCUCUUCAGAAGGAGAGUGCUUAACAGACGUUUGAAUCUCUUUGCCCUUUCCGAUGGCUACCGUGUCAGGUUCCAAAAUAAGCUCGUCAUUUUUCCUGUUAUUUUAAUAAUAAGGAAAUAUUAGCAUAGUGUUUCUUUUGAUAGCGAUAGACUAUAAUCCGUAUUUAAAUUUUAUAGAGGAGAAAUUUUAUUGUACUGUGAUGUAGAUAUUUAUUAUCCAGGUAAGGAUUUGCCCGGUGUGUAUUUUUUACAAUUGAAACACUUUAAUCUUUAAAAAAAAAAAAAAACUUUAAACACACACACACACACACACACACACA